AUCUGUGGAUGUAUCAUUUACGCUGCACGUUUUAAUUAUCCUCAUGAUGAAUCUGUUUAAAUGAUUUAUAGAUCAAAACAAUCAAAAGCUUUACACCGUUCUUUGGUUUGUAAGUUCUAACGUGUUGCUGCAGCUGAUUAUUACUGUCACUGAUAUGAAGUGAACACCAAGGUGCAAUGAGAAGCGUAACUUGAACAAUCAUACAACUUGUAUUUGGAAAACCAGCAAUACAUUCAUUUACAAUCACCUGAAAAUUAAAAAUGUUAAAGGAAGUCUCUCAACUAGACUGGUUAAGGUUAAGCUCUGUACUUUUGGACCCCACUGGAACUGAAAUGACUCUGGUAGCAUUAGAGAAAAAAACAAGAAUGAGACCAUUAAGCUACCUGCUCAGAACCAACCACAGAUACAAAAUAUUCCAAUUCCAAUUUUGGGAAUGUCAUCAACACACCCACUUGCUUGCAGUUAAUCGUCUAGACAAUAUCCUGUUUUAUACAUAUACCUUACGCUUAUGUAAAAAAAUAUGCUGCUAAUAUUAAUUUCUGUAUAUGAAAUGUUUUACUGUCCGCAUAUUUGAAUUUAAUUUGUGGAAGAAUCAUUAAUUCAAAAUCAAAGUAAGACCAGUGUGUAGUGGUAUCCGGUGGUGAGGUUGUAGUUUGCAUCUAAUUGAACUCUCCUCACCACUCGCUUUAAGAAUCUACAGUGGCCUUCAGGCAGUGUAUGCCUUAAGGUAACUUAAAGCAACCAAAAGGUCCUAUACUGCAGCCAGCCACCAGGGGGCAAUCAAGAUGUUUUAGCUUUACUUUUGGGAGUUGUCAUGUCACUAUGGCUCAUGAAAACAAUAGUCUUGAGUUUCAGGUAAUUAUAGCUAAUGAAAACAUUGUGAAUGAGACAUACUGAUCUUUUAAACAAGCAGGAGGUUUGUAUCUCUUGUUUGUCAAGUUCUCAUUAUUGUGAGGCUAAUUCACUGCUGGUACCAGAUGUUUCCAAAGCUUAUGACGUUUCUUUGAUUGUGUUUCAAAGCCAUGGCCAGAACAUGGGUUUGGUUUUGCUUUGGUCUGAUUAUGUCCAUUCCUGUUAGCCUUUGUUUGGUUGGACCUGUGCACCUUUCUGCUCUCCAGCCCAGUGAACAGCAUAAAUGAUUGAAGGACCUGCGUAUUUGGUUGUCAGCUGAGACAGACAUUUAGUACUGAACCUAGAGUUUCUGCAUGGGUACUGACAACAUUGAGGUGCUCCCAACAGUGUUAGAGUACAGAGAGACAUCAUGUCACCACAACAAACUCGCUUACUACUCCAGGUGGAGGUCAAUAACUUUAACACAUUUUUCUUAAUUUAAAAAAUGGUGCAAACUGUAGUGUUUUCAAGUCUGCACAUAGUUAGUCUUCAACAACCUCCAAACCGUCAUUGAAUUACGGGCUUGAUAUAUGAUAAGAUAUUACAAAGUAAAAAAAGAAACAGUAUUUUCAAAACAAUCAUCUCUGUGCAGCCAUGGCAUUUAUAUUUAGCAGGAAUUUAAACAGCAAUUAUGUUUAUAGACCUAUUCACAGAAAGAAAUACUUUCAUGAUUGUGGCUUCAGGAAAUUAUGUCAUAAAGACCACUCUUUGAAUUCUUUCUAAGGGUUGUACAGAUGAUACAGAUGGCCGGCUGUGGCUUUGGCUGAGGGGUAGAGCGGUCGUCCUCCAACCUUCAGGCUGGCAGUUCAAUCCCCAGUCUUCCCCAUCUGCACACCGAAGUGUCCUUGGGCGAGAUGCUGAACCCGGAAUAGCCCCUCAUAGAGCAACAAAGUGCUGCUAAUAGAUGCACUUUCUGAAUGUGUGUGUGAAAGCAUGAAUGUAAAAUUAAUGACAGCGAAAAUCAAGAUUUUGACUUGAAUGCAUCAUGAGAGUGGAUGUUCUGUUGAAUCAAGGCUUUACUUAAUGAUACAAGUUGAGGAAGUGGUGGAGGAAGUACUCAAAGGUUUUACUUAAGUAAAAGCACAGAUAAAUAGACAUUGACAAUAAAUAUACUCAAGUAAAAGUAGGGGAAUCACAUUCACUUUUCGACCCGCUUGAUGAUGAAGAAGGCAGCACAGUCUAUUGUUACCCAACCACUCUGAUUGGACAAAUUCCUCUUUCAUUAUUGACAGUUAACAUGUCAAGCAAUGCAUUGUAAAAAAUAAAGCGGCAUAGAAAUUAAAGUAACAAGGUUAAUGUACUUUCUAACAUCCCACCACUUUUGAUUUGUUUUGCAAAGAUUUUAUGUGAUAUUAACCAUGACUUAAUGAAUUCGAUAAACAAGUUCUGUCAGAUAUACAUUUCUCUGGUGUUUUUAAGAUGUGAUUUAAAUGUUUUCAUUCAACAGGACAGUUCCUCAGCACAGGACAUGGUCUCCUGAGCAGCCAGUCCACCGACACAUCCCAGGAAUAAACCAGUCAGUUUAUCCUGGGCCAUGACUGCUCUGCUUCACAACGUCAGCGGCCCAGGGAGCACAGAGGUUCUGCUGCCAAUCACCGACAGCCCAUUCAACCUGACCGCAGCGACUCAGGCAGGACCCGGGUCCGGCCAUUCACUGGCUCCUCUCUGUACCCACUGUUGCUGUGGGUUUGUCAACCGUACCUUGGCAGUGGUAUUCAUGGUCAGCCUGGCAUUUGCCAUUGUCGUUGGAAAUGUGGUCACGCUUACUGUCUUUGUGCAAACAAGGCAGUCAAGAACACCACAGGGUUACUUGAAAGUGUCUUUGGCCAUAGCAGACAUGAUGGUCGGUGUCCUCGUUGUACCUUUCUCCGUCUACACUGAAAUCUCUCUAAUGGUGACGAGCUCUCUUCCCAUUUGGUACCAGGGUAGUUCCACUUCCCUGGACUCCUCCUCCCUCGGCGGAAUAGUGAGCCCCUGGCAGCCCUGCCUGCUAAUUGGCCCCGUGUUUGCCGGAUGCACGUUUGUCUCCAUUAGCACCAUCUUCCUCAUGACGUUGGAGCGAAGCGUUGCCAUCUUGUGGCCGCUACAAAAGGAUGCCUUGGUGACUCGGAGGCGGACUCUGCUCCUCAUCCUGCUCUCUUGGGGGGCGAGCUUCCUGCUGGCUCUCGCGCCGCUCAUCUUCAGCAGUAACUUCAUUCUGGAGUACAAUGAGUGCAGUCGUAUGUGUAACUACACACCUCUAUUGCUUGGAGGCCAGCUGCCACCCGAUGCCAACAUUUUGCUGCUGUUCCCAACGUUUGACUUCACGCUGCUUGGUGGCACGUUAGUGGUUAAUAUUUUGUCCUUCACAAGCAUUCAACGGUACUCGCGAAAACGCAAACUGCUCUCAGAGGGGAGUCUGAGUGAUGGAGGGGGUGGAGGUGGCGUAGGAGGCUGCCCCCACAGGCCUUCUUUCUCCGACAUUAAAGCUGCCAAGACGAUUGGUAUACUGACCUUUGCCUUUACAGCAUCCUUCUCUCCCAUCGCAGUCUUUGUGCUUGGGAACGUGGUGGGAUACACCUGGUGUAACUUUUCCUUUGUUGCCUUCUGGAUCCUCACAGGAAACAGCUGCUGCAACGUGAUCAUCUACAGCGUCUGGGACCAACGCUUCAGGAAGGGUGUGACACUACUCUUUAAGCGAGACCACUCCCCCCCACAUUGCGAGAAGUCUUGAGAGAUACAUAAAUUGAUUCAUCGGCAACAGGUUUACUGUUUUGUGGCUGUUUUCCAGUAAGUUUGAUUUUAAUGGAAUAGGUUGACAUUUUGAGGAAUGCAUAUUCAUUCUCUUGUCGAGUAAAAGAAGAAGCCGCUCUCUAUGUUUGUACGGAAAAUAUGAAGCUGGAGUUUGGGCUGCUUAAAGUGGCUCAGUCACAUAGAUUGUAUGUAAUGAUGGAUGACGUGUCUUCACUUCCAGAUGUGAAGCCAAAAUAACCCAGCUAUGAACAGCGCCAUCUUGUAGAUUUGAAACGAAAGUCUAUGCAGUAGUGAUUAGGUGAAGGAACCUCUGAAGCAAGGUCCCUUCAAUACAUUGAUUCUAUUGGCAGAACUCAAUCAUUAUAUUUCACCUUGUAUUUAUUUGAUUAAAUAAGUAUAUUUUUAAUAAAUUAUUAUAAUUACCUAAAAUGACAGAAACCAUCUCUGAGCAAAACAUGUAUUUAACAUGUUCUUUGAGUUUUUAGUUUGGUCCAUGUCCCAUCCACUAACAUUGAAUAGGAAAGAUUUACUACCUAUACUUCAGCCAGCCACCAGGGGGGGAUCAAGAUGCUUUGGCUUUACUUUGGGGGAAGUAUCAUGUCGUCCAUCUUUAUAAAAUCGAUAUGCUCUGCUCUGUCUAAAGAUAACAAAAUCCUGCUUCAACCAGCAUACAGCCUUUGUGCUGAGCUAAGCUAUGCUAAGCUUACCUAUGCUAAGCUACCUUAUUAAGUGUACAUCCACGAGAGUCAUCUAAGUCUUCUUGUUUAUCGCUUGGCCAGAAAUUGAAAUGAGCGUAUAAUCAAAACAAGUAAUUUGAACAUGAAAGUAUUGCAAAACUUUGUGUCUAAAAACUGUAAAUAGAAAGCAGAUUUGUUACCUCCAUCCACAUUUAUCUCAGCUCAGAGAAACCAGUACUGUAUCUAUGCACGCCAUGAUGAAUCAGCUUUCAGGAUCUGACCAAACACACAUACUGUAGAUAUAAAGGGAAAGAGACACUUUCUGAACUGCAGGUAUUUGUAACAACUCUACUGCCGCAACAAUCUACAUCCUGUCCUCAUAGUCCUGCCUCCGUCUAGAAUCAAACCUCUGUCCUGAAGAUUUACAAGUUACAAUGCUUUUCAAUAACUUCAGGACUAAACCCACAGUCUCUCCAGAAGGUUCACGGACAAACACAAUAACCGUUAAUCUUUUCAGGGUAUAAUGUAUUUGUAACAUGAUAUGAACAUAUCUGUGUUUAAGCUAUAAGUCUUGUGUACUGUUUGGAAAUCUGUAUUGUACAAUUUGACAAUAUAAUGAUUAUAUGCAUGAGGUCGAGGGGCAUUUCACAUUGUUAAAUAGGUAUAUUUCUAUUCAUGAUUAAAAUGUUUGCAUUUCAAGAAUUGCUGUGAUAAUUGACAGACCUUUGAUGUGGUAAUGAUUCAGCAACUGCAUCAACAAAAAGGAAAAAAUUAUGUUGUCUUGCCAUUGCUUGCUCAAAAUUUUGUUUUUGUUUUGUGAAUAUAGAAAUUGUAUUGCUAUCGUUCUAUCAACAUGAUAAAAAAAUGUGUCCUGUUUACCAUGAAGUGCCCAUUAAAGGAACAUUAAGAAAUUUUAGAAAAUGUGCUUACUUACUGAGAAUUAAGGGGAAGAGAUUGAUUUUAUCUCACAUUUGCCCUUUAAAGAUUGGGUUGGUAAUUCUUGAAAAGCUUAGAUAGAGCAGGCUAAACUUUGACCCUGUUGCCGAAGCCAUGCCCAUAUGAACUUACACUGCCUGACAACUGCUGGAAGCUGACUUUUGACUCACAGGCUAACCUAUGGCCCUCUUCCCUGCUUCAGCAGAGUAUGUCUCUACAGCUGAAGACUCUGGUCGUGCACAGUGAGAGCACGGGCAGGCAAAUAAGAUAUCAGGUUGUUUAAGAAAAAAUCAACAACCCUACCUUUAAGUAUGAGGCUCAAGCCAAUAGGCAACUGGCUUAAUUUAGCAUAAACACUGCGAAUAAGUAAAAGUAAAACUAAAAGUGCAAAGCAAAGUUAUCCUUCAACCAACUUACAGCCUUUGUGCUAAGCUAAGCUAUGCUAAGCUUUAACUUCAUAAAGUUAGUUAACAUAGCUUAGGUGGUGGAUGCAAACAGCUUCAUGAUUGCAUCCACCACCUCAGCAAUAAUCUGAAUAAGCACAUUUCCUCCAACCUGUCAUACUACUCCCUAAAAAACAACUGACUGACAAUCCAGUGCAUGUCCAUUGUAGCAUUGUGUAAUACCAAGGGUGCUGUGAUUUAAUAUAUGUUGAUCGACAACAAAUAUCAGGGAAUUUAAUGGUCAACAAAAAAGAUAUAUGUUAAUGUGUCAUGUGUGAACUUCACAGAAUGAAUGAUUAUCUCGUAUUUACAAACUUGCAGCGUUUUUCCACCAAAGACGGUCACAGUCAUUGAAAUCUUCAGCAUCUUAAUCAUCGUUGGUGAAUAAUUGAUUCUCCCUGUGCUGAUAUUGAAUCACUGUACAGAGUUGUAUCAGCCGUGCAUAAUUCAUGAGUGGCGAUUGCAUCAGAUUUGGUCAUAAUAAAUGUGUUU